AUGAAUUACUUUGAUGUUUUCUGUUAUAUAUCAGUAAUAGUUUCGACAUAUUUCAACAAAGUACAGAGCUGUAAUUGCACAGAGCCACCACAGAAGGAUCUCGAAAACAGAUUUAAAUCUAUAAAUAAUAAUAUAAACAUGAAAUCUUUAUUCAUGUAUGAAGGCUGGGAUAAUUCUACUAUUAACAACAAAUUUGAGGAACUUUUACGCCAAUCAACAGAAUACCGGAAUAGUGAUACAUGCCCUAAGAGACAUAUGAAAUCACCAGAGAGUUUGAGUCUACGAACUUCAUGUCCAUGGUUUCCACACAUGGAGACAAUGGAGAACAGAUAUCCAAAGAAUAUAUAUGUAGCUAAAACCCACUGUAAAUCAUGUAUAACAACAGAUAGUCUUCAAAAUACAUAUUGCAAAUCGCUGGAACGUACUCUUACAAUUCUAGUAAGAAGCAAUGAUAUUGUUAAUGGUAUCUGUCAAUAUAAAGAAGCCAAAUAUAAUGUACCGGUAGCUUUUGUUUGUACAAGAAUAUUAGAGAAGGUGAAUGAUCAUGAACUCACUUCUAUUCCAUUAGGCUUUUUCGGAAAAACCUUAUGGAGGCAAAGAGCAAUAAAAGAUCGUGAAACGACAACAAUUCCACCAAUAAGCGUCACACAAAAUCAAAUAGUUGGAUGAAAACAUAAUACAUAUUGAUUCAGAAUCAGCCGGAUAUGUUAUCCUCCUUCAUAAAUGUUUACUUGUCCUAUCAGUUUUUUCGUAUGAUAUAGGGCAUGCGCAUUUAACAAAGUGCAUAUCAGUUACUGUAAACCAACUUAUUUUCGCUGAUAUUUUAUUUUGCGUUAAGACAUUUCUUUCCCUUU